AUGGUUGAAUCCGCGGAUGCUCUACUUGGGCAACUCGUGCGGGGUUUGAUCCGGGUUGUUACUGUUAUUGCGCCAACGCUGUCGACGAGCAUUACCUGGGACUACAACGAUGAAGAAGUGGGACCCAUUGUACCGGUGAGCACGUGGUCUAUUCAAUCCAACUAUCCCAUAUCGCUCAAACAGUUUUUCCGUUGA